GUUUCGCUGCAGCCUCCGUCCCCACCGUCGGACGGCGAAUGGUACGAUAUUAGCAUUUAUUUUCAUUGCGGAAUCAUUGGCGGAAUCGUACACACUAAACAGGACGUUAUUUCGACUGUGAGACCGAUCGUCGUAAUAAUUAUAUUAUCGCUAUAGAGACGUGUCGACUUGAUGUGUACAUUGUGUACAUUACACGCACUCUUGCACGGUUGAAUUCGUUUCUUCUUGUUUUGCGGUCGCGAAAAUUCGGCAGGACGCGCCAAGUCCACGCGGAUCCGCAACCGUACACGACGACGAAUAAUAAAAAAAAAAAAUAUAUUACACGUGUUAAAACAAUCGGUUUAUCGUUACAAUCACGGUUUGGUGCUGUGUUAUCUAACGGCCGUGAAUUACGAUGCACGAAUAUUAUUAUAUUUAGUAUUCGUAUAUAAUAAUAUAAUAUAAUCAUUAUGCGCCUAUCGUCGGUGUUGUUAUUAUGGUCGUAAUAAACGACUUUUACACGUAUUAUUAUUACAGUUUAAUAAAUCGACUACAAAACAUCCAAGUUUAAACCGAUCGUUAAUAAUAAUAUAUUAUAAUAUUAUUGUCGUUUCGUGCGUGUUCACGUUCAGCCGCCGAGGGAUGAAAAUAUAUUGUACGCGCUUACGCGUAAAUGGACAAGAGGUGAGCAACGACAAAAGUAUCGGACGUUUCCAAGUUGAAGUUGUUAUCGGUUAUUUUCAACUGGCUGGUAUAAUAGUGUUCGACUAGUUAUAAUAACAAUAAUAACAUGACCGAAAGCGUCGACUUAAAAACCAUGACAAACGAAGAAACUACUGAAGCAAAGUGCGAGCAAUCGUCACUAUCGGACGAAAAUAAUGAAGCAUGGCAAACUAAGGGCAUCAUGUCAAAAUUGAAGUUCAUCUUUGACCACUGUACAAUCGAGCCAAUGUUCGGAUGUUACAUCAUGACUAGCGUUCUGACGGGGCUGUGCACUCAAAACUUGAACCUGCAGAAGGCGUGCCGAGUGAAUUUAAAGCUGGCGAACAGCACGUGUUGGGCGCUGGAGAACCGGAACUCGGCCGAUUACGCCAAAGAGGAAGUCAUGGUCCAAGAGCUGGUGACCGGCAUGAUCAUAUGGAAAACGAUGGUACAGAGUAGCAUACCUAUGGUGUUGAUAAUAUUCGUCGGUUCGUGGAGCGACCGAAAUCACAAGCGCAAGCCGUGCAUGUUGAUACCCAUUGUGGGCGAGUUACUGACCAGCAUAGGGCUACUUGUCUGUACUUAUUAUUUUUACGAGUUGCCCGUGGAAGUAGUCGGAUUGGUGGAGUGUCUGCCUCCAGCUAUGACCGGCGGGUGGAUGACAAUGGUCAUGGCGAUAUUCAGCUAUAUAGGCGACGUGUCUUCGGUAAAAUACCGUACACUAAGAAUCGGAAUAGCGAAUGUUUUCUACUCGGUAGCCGUUCCAAUCGGUACCGCGUUGUCCGGCGUAUUGUUUCGUGGACUCGGAUUUUACGGUGUCUACACCAUAGCUAUAGUGAUGUACGCAUUAACGAUUUCAUACGGAGUGAUAUUUAUUAAAGAUAUAAAAUCGGAGAAAAGUUUAGAAAGCAAAGAACCGCCAAAGUCUACAUCCUGUUUUUAUUUUAUCGAGGAUUUUUUUAGUCUGAGUAACAUCAAGGAAGCUAUUCGUGUGACGUUUAAAGAAGGACAACACAACAGAAGAUUAAGAAUUAUUUCUUUGUUAGUUGUCGUCAUUGUCGUAAUGGGUCCUUUGUAUGGAGAGAUGUCAAUGAUGUACAUGUUUACACGGUUAAAAUUCAAUUGGAACGAAAUCGAUUUCAGUUUAUUUUCCACAUACGCUAUGGUCACCAAUCUUAUAGGUACGAUGUUUUCAGUCGGUGUAUUCAGUCAUACGUUAGGAAUCGACGAUGCCUUAAUUGGAGUAAUGUCAUGUAUGAGCAAAAUAUUAGCAGGAUUCGUUUAUGCGUUUGCUCCGACUGCUUUAAUAUUUUAUAUAGCACCACUUGUGGAAAUUAUAAAUGGAACAUCAUUUAUUGCUAUGAGAUCAAUUAUUUCCAAGCUCGUACCGUCAGAUGAAUUAGGUAAGGUAAAUUCAAUUUUUGGAGUUUGUGAAGCCAUAGUACCAUUGAUUUAUGGACCAAUGUAUAGCUCUGUGUAUAAGCAUACAUUAAAGACAUUUCCUGGAGCGUUUUUUUUACUGGGAGGCUUGUUAACGGCUCCAGCAGCAAUUAUAUUUCUAUGGAUGUAUAAUGAACAUCGAAAAGAACGACAAGUAAAAGAGUCAACUGCAGUCAACAACGGAGUAGACAAUUCCGAAGAAAUACAAAAAGAAAAUAGUUUAGACAUCAGGUUAUCCUCACAAAAUUAGAUAACCUCAUUAAGCAUACAAAUACAGCCUCUUAGAAUUUAAGGGCUAUUUUGAAGUUGCAUUGGACAAUAAAGUAUUGUAUUUUAAAGGCACAUGAAUUGAGUGAUACAAAGAAAUGAAAUGGCUAAUGUCAUUUACUAAUGA